AUGAAAAAUAUAAAAGUCCUGAACACGGUGCUGUUCCCGUACGCCGGGGAGAUCCACGAGGGCAAGCUAACCGUAUUCAACCUGCAACUGCCCCUGGUCCCGCACCCGAGCCAGGUCGGCCGGAUCCACGCCGUCGGCCCAGACGCCGUCACCGCCAAGCCCGGCGACCUGGUCUUCUUCUCGGCCCCCGUCUCCGCCCGGGACGACCCCGAAGUAAGCAUUAUCCAGGGCCACCACGGCGGCGAGGGCCCGCGCGGCCGCGCCCUCAUGCAAGGGGAGUGGCGCGACGGCGCGCUGCAGCAGUACCAGAGGGUGCCCCUGGAGAACGUCCUUGUCCUGGACGAGGGGCGGCUGUGCGGGCGGCUCGGGCUCCCGGGCCUGCGCGCCGGGGAGACGGUCGUCGUCGGCCCCGCCACGGGCACGUACGGGGGCAUCACGUCGGACAUGGCGCUGGCCUUGGGCGCGAACGCGAUCGCGAUGGGCCGCAACAAGGGUUUGCUCGAGGGCCUGGCGCGGAAGCUCGGGCAUCACGAGCGCUUCAGCUACGUUGUCAUGACUGGCGAUGACGCUGCUGACGCGGCAUCGAUCCUGAAGGCCAGUCCUAAGGGGCGCGGUGUCGAGGUGUAUAAUGAUUGGGCACCGUCGGCUGUGGAUGGCUCGCCGUUCUUCUCGGCUGCUAUCCAGACCGUACGGCCUGAGGGGAGGGUGGUCCUGAGCGGUGCGCCGUCCGGGCAUAUCAAGGUCCCCAACACCCUCAUUAUGCACAAGAAUAUUCGAAUCAUUGGCAAGGUCAUAGUCGGAAGGAGGGGUAUCGAACAGACUAUUCAGAUGGUCGAGUCAGGCCUGCUCAAGUUAGGUAAGCGAGGAGGCUCGACACACGAUAUUUAUGCCUUGGAAGACCACCACGAAGCAUUUGUAAAGGCCAAGAGCUGCGGCUUUCGUGUCUACACGGACAUUGCCCCCAAUCCAUGGUAG